GGGCGUGCUUUAGCCUUGCCUCCCUCAGAAAACACAGCACAGGAAAGAAACAACGAAAAGAAAUUAUAUUUAUCAGAAUUUAUGAAACAGACUAAUCCCCCUUUUUUUUUUUUUUUAUUAUUUGAAACUUCUGUUAUCAGCUGUUGUCGCGGACUCUCUCUCUCUCUCCCUCGCUCUCUCUCUCUCUCUAAGAAGAUGAAGGGAAACACCUGCCUCCCUCUUUGUGUCCAAAUCAUCUUCGUUCUUGUCUUCUGAUAUUUAUAUUAUCUGUUGUUAUAGCUUCUGUUGUGUUGUCGGUGAGAGGUGGACGGGUAGAGGGAACUAAGCGGGGGUGCAAAGGAAUGGCGGCGUCUCUUCCCGCCGGAAUUCUGAUCUUGGUAUUCGCCACCGUGGUGUUGCCGGCGGCAGUGGUGCUUUGCGGUUUUCCGGCGACUAUGACGCUGGAAAGAGCUUUUCCGACUGACCACAGGAUCGAAUUGGGUCAGCUCAGAGCUCGAGACCGAGCGAGGCAUGGCCGAAUGUUGCAGUCUGCAGGUGGCGUCGUCGAUCUUCCGGUUGACGGCACCUACGAUCCGUUCCUUGUUGGGCUUUAUUUUACAAGAGUGCCAUUGGGUUCGCCUCCAAGAGAAUUUUAUGUGCAGAUUGAUACUGGAAGUGAUGUCUUGUGGGUCAGUUGCAGUUCUUGCAACGGUUGCCCCCAAUCAAGCGGGCUCCAAAUUCAGCUCAACUACUUUGAUCCAGGGAGCUCGUCGACGGCUGCACUGGUCUCUUGCUCAGAUCAAAGAUGUAAUGCUGGUAUUCAAUCCUCUGACUCAGGCUGUUCUAUUAAUCAAUGUACCUACUCAUUCCAGUAUGGAGAUGGAAGUGGAACUUCAGGCUAUUAUGUAUCAGACCUACUUCAUUUUGACAAUAUUGUUGGGAAUUCUAUGGCUGCAAACUCUUCGGCUCCCAUUGUCUUCGGGUGCAGCAACUUGCAGACGGGAGACUUGACAAAGUCAGACAGGGCAGUUGAUGGGAUCUUUGGGUUUGGGCAACAAGGUUUGUCCAUCAUCUCGCAACUGUCUUCACAGGGAGUAACGCCCAAAGUGUUUUCCCAUUGUUUGAAAGGAGAUAGUGGAGGUGGGGGUAUACUGGUUCUUGGUGAGAUUGUGGAGCCGGGUAUAGUUUAUAGUCCGCUUGUCCCAUCACAGCCUCAUUAUAAUUUGGACCUUCAGAGCAUUGCUGUCAAUGGGCAAACCCUGCCCAUAGAUUCAUCAGUGUUUGCCACAUCAAGCAAUAGAGGAACCAUUGUUGAUUCUGGGACAACUUUGGCAUACCUUGCUGAAGAAGCUUAUGAUCCUUUCGUCAAUGCUAUAACAGAGUUCGUUUCCCAAUCUGCACGUCCUCUUGUUUCCAAGGGUAACCAGUGUUACUUAAUCACCUCCAGCAUAUCUGAGAUAUUUCCUCUAGUUACCUUAAAUUUUGCUGGUGGCGCAUCAAUGAUUUUAAAACCUCAGGACUAUCUUCUACAGCAGAAUUCUAUCGGUGGUGCUGCAGUGUGGUGUAUUGGUUUUCAGAAAAUUCAGGGUCAAGGAAUAACAAUUUUAGGAGACCUUGUUCUAAAAGACAAAAUCGUCGUUUAUGAUCUCGUCGGUCAACGGAUUGGAUGGGCUAACUAUGACUGUUCAUUGUCUGUAAAUGUAUCCACCACCACAAAUACUGGCAAAAGUGAAUUUGUCAACGCAGGACAGAUAAGUGACAGUGAUUCACCACGCAGAGCACUUUACAACCUAAUACUGAGCAGCCUUGUUGCCCUCCUCGUGAAUAUAGUUUUUCAUAGUUUCUUCUUUUUGUAACUUGGAGCUCGAUUGUUUUGAACUACCAUUCUUUAUUCCUCUGCAUAUUCUCCUGCUGGCUUUUAUUUGUAGCAGUCGGCAGGCUGUGUGAUCUAUUUGGAUUUGCAGCUUGAAGCUGGUUGGCUGCUUCGAGUUUUUUUUUCUUCUUUCUUUCAUCAUUACCUUAUAGAAUUAUGUUUCCCUUUGUUCAGGUUUUACUCAAUUUGGCAGCACUGUAAAUUAGUCAUUUAGGAUGUGAUUAUUUGUAACAGCAGAUUUUAUUGCUAGAUGCCACUUUCAUUACUUAUUGAGACCUUUCAUUUGUAUGCUAAAUCAGAAAUCCAACACUUGUUGCAACA